AUGUCUGUAACAGACACCCGGUUUCCUGCUCUAUUGGAGCAGUUUGCCGUGGAUUUACAGAGUCCAAAUGAAGAUACACGUCGUCGAGCAACAGAUGAACUUUACGAACGUAUUAUUUCACAAUAUGCAGAUGCUCCAUCUGAUGUUGUUACAGUUAUUGCUGAACAGGUACAAGAAUUUGUAAGAAAUAAAAUGGCUAAUCCAAAUGAUGUCAAUGAAAAUCGCGCCGCUCUUCUUGUUAUUCUAUGUUUUGUUUGUGCUGGACAAAAUUUUUAUACUGAAUUAAGUAAUAAAUUAGAACCAACAUUACGUGGUUAUAAACAAAUGUCAGUUGAUGCUAAUCUAUGUGAAUUAGUUGUCAAAUUAACAUGUAUACUCGUUAAAGGUUGUGGUCGAAUGAGUAUCGAUCAAUUUUCACUAGAUGUUCCUAAAGCACUUGAACGUAUCUCGCGAGAAGAACAACAUGAAACAAGACGUUAUAGUGGUAUAACAAUAUUAAAAGAAAUAGCUAUAGCUGCUCCAUCACGUUACUAUCAUUUAAUAACACCAGUUGAACAAUUUUUUGAACAACUUUUUGGUACAAUGACAGAUCCAAAACAAUAUAUUCGUGAAGCAUUUGCUGAAACAAUGCAAGCAACAUUAGUUGUUCUUAUUGAUCGUGAACGUGAAGAACAAAAAAAUAAUAAUAGUGAUAUAACAACUGGUCAAGAUUUAACAAGUAGUAAUACAAGUUAUGCAAUAAAUACAGAAUCAAAUACAUUCUUAAAAGCAUAUAAUAUGGCUUAUAAUGAAGCAAUGAAAUGUUUACAAGUUGAGACAACAACAAAAAAUAAAAAUGCACAAAGAGAAGAUCGAAUUCAUGGUGGACUUCUUUUACUUAAUGAAUUAUUACGUGUAUCAGAUGUUAAAUUUGAAAGUAUCUGUCAAGAUUUAAUUCAACCAUAUAGUGCACCAAAACCAAAACCAAUUUCAUAUAAAGAUGUUCAUCGUUCUCGUGUUGCUUUAACAUUCGAACGUACUGGUCCAUUAUCUCCAAUGGAUAUUAUUGAUAAUCCUGAACAAUCUCAAAUUCAAGUACAAUCAUCUUUAAUUCGUUCAAUUAUGCUUGAAAAUUUUGUUAAUAUUUGUAAUCAAGUAUUUCAAUAUCGUCAACAACCAAAAUCUAUGAUACCUAAUGUUUUAAUUCGUAUAUUACCACGUUUAGCAUCAUUAGAUUAUCGAUGGUUUUCUCAUCAACCCUAUGUCGAUGCUACAAUGACAUUUAUAUAUGAACGUAUAAAUUCUCAUGAAUUAAAAGAACGUCAAUUAGCAUUUCAUGCAUUAGGUUUAAUGAUAUUAUCGGAUAAAACAAGUCGAAUAAAUGAUACAGAUUCAUUAAUAACAACAACACCAUUAACGAAAGAUAUGACGAAAAUAUUUGAAUGUUUAAAACAAACAUUUAUUCCAAUAUCAUCAACAAAUACUUCAAUAACAUCUGGACAUGCUCAUCGUCGACAAAAUUCAAAUCAAUCAUCAUCAUCUCAACAACAACAACAAUCAUCAAUAAAUAAUUUAUUACCAUGUCGAUAUUCAUCACCUGAUUCAAGUGUAUUUGCAUGUAUAACAAUGAUUGGUGAAGCUGGACCAGAUGCAUCAAAAUGUUUAGAUAAUUUAUUAGAAUAUUUAUUACAUUGUGGUUUAAAUCAUUCAUUAUUAUUUUGUCUGGAUAAAUUAUGUUCAAUGCCAUUAAUACAUACAGAUACAAAACGUAAAAUUCAUCAAGGUUUAUUAGAAAAUCUUCGAUCAAUUCUAUCUAAUCCAUUAGCAUAUAAUCCAAAUUUAACAAAUGGACAAAGUGAUAUUAUACUUAUUGCUUUACAAACAUUAAGAAUAUUUGAUUUUGAAGCACAAGCUAUUGAACCAUCUUUUAUUGAUAUAUUAAAUCAACGUUUUAUUGAACAUGAUAGUGUACGUAUAAGAAUUGAAUCAAUUAUAACAAUAACACAUUUAUUAAGAAAAUUAUUAUUACCACCAUCACAAGCAAGUCUAUCAACAAAUACAACUACGUCAUUAAUAGCAGCUAAUAAAUUACGAAUUAAAAUUGGUGUUAUUACACAAAGAAUAUUAACAAUUGGUGUUACUGAUUUAGAUCCUGAUGUACGUUAUAAUGUUUUUUUAACAUUACAAGAUGAUUUUAAACAAUUCUUAGCUAAAUCUGAAGCAUUAGAAUUAUUAUUUUUUUCUGUACAUGAUGAAUGUCAUGAAAUAAGAGAAUUAGCUUUAAGUCUUAUU